AUGCAAGUGACCUUAAAAAUGCUAAUGCUCACUGUCGUCAUGUCAAUGUACAAGUCUCUGUUCAUUAUUCUCAGUAUGUUCCUGCUUAUGCUUGUCUACGCUUUGGCUGGAGUUAUUCUUUUCGGUUCCGUCAAGUUCGGCGACAACUUGGGUCGACACGCAAAUCUGCACAACACUUUUCGGGCUACCGUCUUACUGACAAGAAUCGUCACAGGUCAGUGCACAAAUCAGUAUUUUAAUUAG